CACAGCACGCCAUCUCGCUCGAUUAGGAUUCGUCCGUCUCACUUCUGACGGAAAAAGCAAAGCAAACCGAGAGGUCAGAUAUGCGGCGGCUGCUAGAGAUGUUUGAGGUUUGUUUGCUACCUUGCUACCUUCCUUUCUUGCUUCCCUUGCGAGGCUGAGCAUUUUUUUUGGCGUUUGAGACUGGGGUUCGUUCGGUCUGCAGAGCUUCGGACAUCAUCUAUGCUUUGUACUGUGCGAGAAGAGACUUGGACGAAGAGAGAAGGAGAGAAAAAGAAAAUGGAUGAGCUAAUCCACGUCCUGCAGCCUCAUCCCGAGGAUAGACUACACCUCCGUCUGCACCGCGCCCGCAGCGUAAUCCUCACUGCUCAAGAACUCGUCGAAAUCCGCGCAGCCCAACGCACCUUCGAAGGGGCCUAUAUCCGCACCGCGCUGGGCCAAUUCUCCUUCGCGCUCGUGGUCCUCAAGAUCUUCACCGCGGAGUUCUACUCGAUCGGCGCCCUGUUCGCGACGUACGGCGUGGGCAUCUUCUUGGUGAGUCUGUAUAGACGGUAUGAGGGCAAUCGGCAGUUUUUUAGUGAGAUGGGCGAGGAUGGGUUGGGGAGGAAGAGGUUUAGGACGAGUGGGAAUGCGGUGGUGGUGCUGACGGCGUUGAGUGUCGGUGCGUAUGCUAGUUUGAUUGUUUUGACGGCGAGGUUGGGGGAUGAGUAGGGAGGGAGGGGAAGGGAAUUUGGGUGAUACCAGGUGUUUGGAGUUUUGCGGUUUUGGGAAGGCAUGAAAGAG